AUGGCCCCCAAGUUUUUCAUCCCACUCGAGUCGAAUCCAGAUGUCUUCAAUGCACUGAUCGCCUCCCUUGGGAUCUCCUCGAAUUUGCGUUUCCGGGAUGUCUGGACGCUCGAGGACACGAGCGAGUUGCUCUCUGUACCCGUGCUAGCCCUUGUGCUUGUGUUUCCCACGACACCAGCGUACGAUGCCCGGGCGCAGACCGACGAUGCCGACGCGGACGACUGGAUGGUGACGCACCAAGAGGAGGACGAAGAUGCUAUGUGGUUCAAGCAGACAAUCCAUAACGCGUGUGGGUUGUAUGCAAUUUUGCAUGCGCUCGCCAACGGCCGUGCGAAAGAUUUCAUCCAGCCUGGCUCGGUGCUCGAUACACUCUUCUCUAUCACUGCUCCUAUGGAUCCUGCGCAGGCCGCCAUGGUCCUCGAGACGUCAAAAGAACUCGAGACCGCAUAUGACAGCGUCGCCAAGCAGGGAAGCACCGCAGCGCCGCCUGCAGAAGACGAAGUCAACCAUCACUACGUAUGCUUCGUCAAGUCCCCCGAUACGGGGCACCUAUUCGAACUUGAUGGUGACCGGAAGGGCCCUGUUGACAGGGGUGUCAUUGAUGAGGAGCAGCGUGUUGAUCUGGGACCCCAGUCGUUGGAACUCGUUAGAGAGUAUAUAAAGAUGGGCGAGGGUGAUGUCAACUUUUCCUUGAUGGCCUUGGUCGAGGAUACAAGCUAA